ACAAACUCUCUCCUGUCUUCUUCUCUUCUUCUUUGUGGAGUUGUUUCCCGCUCUGAGGACAAAAGCCUAGGAAGUGGGAGGAAAGUGAUCCGGGGCUGAUAGCUGCCAUCAAAAAUAAAACCAAAACGCAGACCUGGCUGCCCCCAUGCCUAUCGAAUUUGUUUGCAAAAUCAAAUUUGCAGAGGAGGAUGAGAAGCAGAAAAGCAAGCAGGAUGGGGACAAGGAAAGCCUGAUCGAGGAGAGCUGCACGCCACCGGCCAAGGACUUGGCUGGGUUUGCCAACUCCUGCUCUCUUCAUGGGAUAAAUCAUAUCUUUGUCUCUGGUCGCCUGGGCAUCCGGCAGACUCUCUGGGCUCUUGCCUUUUUGACUUCACUGGCGUUGUUUCUGUACCAUGCAGCAAAGUGUGCCAUCUCGUACCUGGAGCAUCCUCAUGUCACAGCUCUGAAUGAGGAGGCAACCCCCGAGAUGGUUUUCCCCGCUGUGACCAUCUGCAACAUCAACCGCUUUCGCUUCUCUGCACUCACCGAUGCCGACAUCUACCACCUGGCGAACUUGACAGGUUUGCCCCCCAAAAACAGGGAUGGGCACAAACCUACAGAUUUGAUGUACCCCGCACCUGAUAUGCAGGACAUCUUCAACAGGACAGGACAUCAGUUAGAAGAGAUGCUCAAGAGCUGCAAUUUCAGCGGACAGAACUGCUCGGUCGAUGACUUCUCUGUGGUUUACACCAGAUAUGGGAAAUGCUACACUUUUAAUGGCAACAAGAGCACAUCCAGGAAAACCAAGCAGGGCGGAAUGGGGAACGGUCUGGAGAUCAUGCUGGAUAUACAGCAGGAUGAAUAUCUGCCCAUCUGGAGAGAGACAAAUGAGACAUCCCUGGAGGCUGGCAUACGAGUUCAGAUCCACAGUCAAGACGAGCCUCCCUACAUCCACCAGCUGGGCUUUGGUGUCUCUCCAGGCUUCCAGACCUUUGUCUCAUGUCAGGAGCAGAGGCUGACCUACCUGCCCCAGCCCUGGGGGAACUGCCGCUCCUCCAGCAAAGAGAAGUUCCCAGGAUACGACAAAUACAGCAUCAGUGCCUGUCACUUGCUGUGUGAGACCAACGAGGUCCUGCGAGUGUGCAAAUGCAGGAUGGUUCAUAUGCCUGGAACUGCAGAUAUCUGCCCUCCCAGUAAAAUCAACUGUGUUGACAAAGCACUCGCACAGCUACAGAAGAACAGCGGGGACACUUGUCCCUGUGAGACACCCUGUAAUCUCACCCGCUACGGUAAAGAACUCUCCAUGGUUAAAAUCCCCAGCAAGGGCUCGGCUCGCUAUCUCUCCAGGAAAUAUGACAAGUCAGAGGAGUACAUCAGAGACAACUUCCUGGUCUUGGACAUCUUCUUUGAAGCUCUGAACUAUGAAACUAUUGAGCAAAAGAAAGCCUAUGAUGUCGCAGGUUUAUUAGGUGACAUUGGAGGACAGAUGGGCUUAUUCAUCGGAGCCAGCAUCCUGACAGUCUUAGAAAUACUGGAUUAUAUCUACGAGGUGACCAAGCGCCGGCUACAGCGCCUGGUCAGACCGCAGAAAGAGGAGAAGAAGAUUCAGCAGCAGAGCAGCACUGUCGCAACAGUGGGUGUGGAGGAAAUGAAAGCAAAGGAGCCUCAUGACAUGACACGAAAUCACCCCGAGGGGGCGUACGCCAACACGAUUCUCCCCAACCACCACCACCCUCACCACCAUCACACCGGACACCACGGGGUGUUUGAGGACUUUGCUUGCUAGAGCCGGCCAUCAUUUCCAGUCCUGGUGACAACAAAAGAUAUGAGCUGUCUGUGAGAUUAAUCACAGACCCUUGGCAUAUUUGUCAUUCCUUUGCUGUCACCAGUGAAGAGCUACAGCCAAAGUCAGAAACCAAAGCUGUGCUGCUAACAAACCACUUGUAUGUGCAGUAUGUAGGCACAAAUCUGGACACAGCUUUUUCUCUCUUUCUCCCUCUUUCCCAUCAUUCCCUCUCUCCCUUUCUCCCUCCCCCUCUCUGGAUUGGGCUCCUUUCAGUGUUGUCCUGUGAAGUCGGGCAAUUUGUGAUUUUCAGGACCAAUUUUUGGUACAUGAUCACUUCAAGGGAACAAGUGGAGGACUGCAUGUCACCUCGAUCCAGUUUAUAUUCUCAAAAAGAAAGGGAAAAUAUGAUUUAUUUAUUUUUUCCUCUGACAUCUCUGAUUUCUUUUCUGUCUGUAUCCAUCUGCUCUCAAACGAUUGCUCCUCUAUUUCAAGGGAUAAAAAAAAACGAAAAAAAACUCUGUGCCAUACCAAGCCAUUACACAUUAUAAAUUAUGUAAUUAUUUAAAGAGAUACUAUUAUCUAUAUGUUCUAUAUUGUAUACAAGAUGAAGAAUACUUCAGUAAAGAGAUCUUAUUCAUGUUACAGCCAUUUCAAAGUAUGGGGUGAAAUGUUGAGCCUUGGUCUUGAAGUACUUGGCCGCAUCUUUCCACACGAUACAGUUUGUCUGGAUGUGGUUGAGGUGUUAGAUCGUAGCACUGUACCUGUACAUAAAGUCCAACUUUACAUGAGAAAGUUAAAAAAAAACAAAAAAACAAUUGUUGUUGUUGUUUAUAUUCCGUUAAUAUUAUAUAUAUAUAUAACAAGUCAUUUUAGUUAUUUAUACAUUUUAAAAAAAGACAAACGUAUUUUAUAUGACAAAUAGAAAUCACGAUUGUAGCAAAUAACUGUAGACUUAACAAGAUGCAGAUCAUGUCCGAGUGCCACACAUCAAUACAUUUGUAACAGAACUGUAAGGAAUCCAUUUCUUUGACAUGUUGGUGUUUUGUUUUUUUCUACCUAAACAUUUUCCAAGACAACAACGAUACAAAUCCUUUGCAUAUUGAUGUGGAAUGUAUGAUACUUUCAGUUAUGACGCAGUUGUCAUGAUUCUCACUUAUUUGUGCCCACAUCCACUGUUCACUUCAGUUAGCGUCAUAACUUUAAGCUGACUUAAGCAAUAAGAGACAGAAUUAAAUCGUUUUUUUGCCAAGUCAUCUCUUUCAGCUGUGGGCCAGAGCCACUGUAAAGGUGUAGCUGCUAUUUACAGUGUAGAACUGACAUCUUUGUGUGUGUGUGUGUGUGUGUGUACGGUAACAUUUUGCACACAUGACUGUGCACAUUAGACAGACACUGAAUAGUUGCAAAGGAAGCUGAGAGAGUUUUAUUGCAGUGGUAAAGUUAAAAAAAAAAAUCAAUUUCCACAACUGCUGAGAGGAGACUUACUGUGUAUAAACACUGUUCCAGAGGCUGAAAUAUUCUUAAUGGUUUAUUUUAACCUAAAAAAAGAAAUUAAGAGCACAAGUUCACUGAGUGUGAAUACAGAAUACCUUGUCUCAUUCAUAAUCACAUCUAUUGUGAUGAAAGGUCAGCUUUUUUCACUGCACGGAUGUAACAAAACUUCACGUGACCUGUUAUUCUAGGAACGUGUGAUGAUUUGAUUCAUAGUUGAACUAAUGGAAAAAUUCAUGCACAUAGAGAUGCAGUUGUAGUAAAAGUAUUGGUCU